GAUCCUGAACUCCACCCUCUCAUGGUCCCUGCAGCCAAGACUGCCUUUGACCUUCACAUCCCCAACAAGCCCCUCUUUGCUGAUGUUCAGCACAUCAAGCGCCACAAUAUUGUUCUUAAAAGAGAACUUGGAGAAGGAGCCUUUGGGAAAGUCUUUCUGGCUGAGUGUUAUAACCUCUGUCCCAAGCAAGACAAGAUCUUGGUGGCAGUGAAGAUGCUGAAGGAUGCCAGUGACAAUGCCUGCAAGGACUUCCACCGUGAGGCAGAGCUGCUGACUAACCUGCAACAUGAGCACAUCGUCAAGUUCUAUGGCAUCUGUGUUGAGGGUGAUCCACUCAUCAUGGUCUUUGAGUAUAUGAAGAACGGAGAUCUUAACAAAUUCCUCAGGUAA